CGGCUGCAUCUUUCUGUCCAGCUUUCUUUUGUUCUUCCUCCAGGACUAACAGGGGCAAUCUUCAGGUUGCCACAUGGAGUCACGGUAUCAUGGACAUCACCCUCUCACUUCAACAAGCCUGACCAUGCCCUUCAUGGCGUGGAUGAAGUGGCCUUAUGGGGAAGGUGAGCAGGGGCCAAGCUGUGUGGCCCCCGGGGGCCCCGGCCGUGUGCUGCUGCAGGAGCUCCUCUGGCAGUUAGAACAAAGAGAGCAGCAGGCUUUGGAGGAAGAGCUGCAACAUCGCUUUUCCCACAGCAGCAGUCUGGCUUACCGACGCCCUCUCGCCCGGCCCAGCUUGCUCGCCCUGAUGCCGGCCUCUGAGUGCAGGCAGCUGGAGCGCCUCUGUGCCCGCAUCCCACCCUCACACACUGCUACCGUCCUCUCCAGGUUCCGUGAGAUUCUGGCUCACAAUGACAUCCUUCCCUGGGAGCUUGUGUGCAUCUUCAAGCAGGUGCUGAAGGACUUCCUGAGAAGGCAGGACGAGUACAGGCGUCCGCUCCCUCUGCCCCCGCCAGCACUACUUCCCAUUUCUCCUUCUCAUGCAGAAAGCAAUGGCAGCACCCGACCUUCGAGGAAAUCGCCUUCUGCCACACCCUCACCUGAAGGGCAGGAGAGGCAUAGAGAGGAGAUCCCCACCAUCUCCAGCUAUGUGGACAGGCAUUUGCGCAGCGCCUGCCCUUACGCUGUCCAAAGAGACUGUCUGCCCUACUGCCAGUCCUUGCCCUACGACUGCCCUGAAGCUUACAGCACCACUCUGUGAAGGGCAUAAAUAGCUCAGAGAAACCCUAGUGACCACUGUGUCCU